AAUUUAUAUAUAACAUUGCAAUUCUCCACCAUCUACACAUACCCUCUACAAAUUAACAUAACUUAUAUCCCCUCAAAGAAAUGGCAAGUUCUGCAAUCCAACAGUCAGCAUUCGCUGGCCAGGCAACAUUGAAGACACAAAACGAGCUUGUCAAGAAGAUUGGCAGCUUCAAUGGUGGCCGCUUUACCAUGCGCCGCACUGUCAAAAGUGCACCACAAAGCAUUUGGUAUGGACCAGAUCGUCCAAAGUACUUGGGUCCAUUUUCCGAGCAAACCCCAUCAUACUUGACCGGUGAAUUCCCCGGUGACUACGGGUGGGACACCGCCGGACUCUCAGCUGACCCGGAGACAUUUGCCAAGAACCGUGAGCUCGAAGUGAUUCACUCUCGGUGGGCCAUGCUCGGUGCACUCGGGUGCGUCUUCCCCGAGCUUCUCUCCAAAAACGGUGUCACAUUCGGUGAAGCUGUCUGGUUCAAGGCGGGUUCCCAAAUCUUUUCAGAAGGUGGUCUUGACUAUCUUGGAAACCCUAAUUUGAUCCAUGCACAGAGCAUUCUUGCUAUCUGGGCAUCACAAGUUGUCCUCAUGGGACUCAUUGAAGGGUACCGAGUUGGUGGGGGCCCACUUGGUGAAGGGCUUGAUAAGAUUUAUCCGGGUGGAUCUUUUGACCCGCUUGGGUUGGCUGAUGACCCGGAAGCUUUUGCUGAAUUGAAGGUUAAGGAGCUUAAAAAUGGAAGAUUGGCCAUGUUUUCUAUGUUUGGGUUUUUUGUUCAAGCUAUUGUUACAGGGAAGGGUCCGAUUGAGAAUUUGUUUGACCAUCUUGCUGACCCGGUUGCUAACAAUGCUUGGGCUUAUGCUACCAACUUUGUGCCCGGAAAAUGAGUUGAAUAUGUGUAGAUUUGAUAAUCCUUAUGCAAUAUCAAGGAACUAUUU